AAAGUCAUAUCAGAUGAACUGAAAAUGAUUCUAAUGAAUGGCUUUGCAUGGGGAGAAACAACACUCAAUGUAAGAUUGAGAUGCAUUACCUGUGAUGCACCACCAAAAGCCAUGCUGAAGUGCAUCAAACAAUUCUCAGGUUACUAUGGAUGUGACAAAUGCACCCAAAAAGGCAACUGGGAGGGACGCAUCACUUACCAACAAGUGCAUGACCUCACUUUGAGGAACGAUGUCUCAUUUAGAGAGCAACACCAGCCAGAACAUCAUCACGAAAAUGCUGUGUCCCCUUUCAGCAAUCUCCAAAUUGACAUGAUCAAGUCUUUCCCUGCUGACUACAUGCACCAGUGCUGCCUGGGAGUGAUGAGAAAAAUGCUCCUACUAUGGUCACAGGGCAAGUCGGGGCAUCGGCUAUCGCCGGCUCAGCUGAGGGAGGUCAAUCAGAGGCUAAGGAACUUGAGAAAUGACGUACCCCAUAUUUUUGCCAGGAAGCCACGUAGUCUGGAGGAAUUGGAGAGGUGGAAGGCCACUGAAUUCAGGCAGUUUAUGCUCUACACUGGGAAAGUUGUUCUCCGGGGAAUCCUGCCAGAAACCCUGUACAGUCAUUUCAUGGCCUUUAGUGUGGCUUUGUGUAUACUAGUGUCUCCACAUUUAACACAAACCCACAAUGUGUAUGCCCAUGAGCUCCUCACAUAUUUUGUAGAACAAGGCCGGCAUAUAUAUGGGACAGAAUUCUUAGUGUACAAUGUGCACUCACUGCUUCACCUCACUGCUGAUGCCACCACAUAUGGAUCAUUAGACAAAUGCAGUGCCUUUGCGUUUGAGAGCUACAUGCACCAGCUGAAGAAGAUGGUUAGAUCAGGAAACCAUGUUCUAGUCCAAGCAGCAAAACGGCUCCAAGAACGUUCACAGAUUCCUAUACAAACAAGUGAAGAGAAACCAAUACAAUUGAAACAUCCUAAUAAUGUUUACAUUGUUAGCCCAACAUCCUGCUGUGAAGUUCUGGAGAGGACCAACUCCGGAAAGCUCUUAUGUAGAGUCUUCUCGCACUUAACGUCGUACCUUUACGAGCCAUGUGACUCGAUGAUCUAUGGAGCCUAUGUAUGUGGUCCAUCAAAGAUGGAGAUCCUGGACAAGACAAACUUGCAAGGAAGGGCAAUGAUCCUUGAGGACGGGCAUGGCCGCAAAGUUUUCUUUUCUCUCCUUCAUGACCUUGAUUAAUAAGUGCAUUGCCAGCUGACGGGAAGAAGCUAUUUUGUGUGAAAUACAGUACAAACAGAUUUCUAAUGAAAAUCCUAUUUUAAAAAUGUUUUGAAUUUGGUUGGAGUGUUUUAUAUUGUGUGAGUUGUAGGUUGGUAUUUUUUGUCAUGGCAUUUUGUGUAAAAUUCCUUGUGAAAGUACUCAACUCCCCUGAACUGAGUUUAUCCCAUGCUUUCAAUGUCUGUUUUUAGACAAACCACCUCCUGACAUCACAGCUCACUCACCUGAGGAAGAUGAGCCAUCCCUGCCAAAUCUUUCUGCUAAUAAUACUUUUCAUGAUACAGUUUUUGAGCCUGAUGGGAGGUAGCAACAUUGGAGACGCUGUAAGGAGAAUCCUUCGAAAAAUAGCCACCAAUGAGGCCUGGUCAAAUUACAGCCUUAAAGGCCGAAAAGGAAAACUGACCUUCAUUGGGACAGCCCUCCACCAUAUUGUUUUAAGUGCUUGUGCCAAACAAUUUCCGGAACACACAGAAAAGGAAAUUGAUACAUGUAUAGGGGAAACCCUCAAACAUGCACCUCACCGUGCCAAGUUGGUUGCGACACCUGCAGCGGAAGAACAAUUUCGGGCACCUCCUGAAGAUGGAGACAGUGACUGAUACACACACACACACACACACACACACACACACACACACACACGCACACACACACCACACACACACACACACACACAGUAUAUAUUUAAUAUAAAUAAUUGUUUUUUUUAUUUGUUGUUCACCAUUUACGCAACAUAAAAUUUAUAUAAAUAUGUGUUUUUGUUGUUAUUACUGUUUCUUAAUAUUUGUGUGUGUAUAAUAUAUAUAUAUAAUUUAUGUAAUAUAUAAUUUAUUUAUAAUCUGUUUUUGUUCACACAAAAUAAAUGACUGAUUUAUCUUUGAAUGUAUUAAACGUGCAUGCUUAUUCCUGAUUAAAGUUCUGAAAGAACAAGUGUUUUUUGCAGUAAAAUUUUAGUUUGGUUCCCUACAGGUCCUUGAGACCAGUGGGGACGUUCUGAAAACGUUCACAUAACGUCCUGAAUGUUCUGUGAAGGUCCUCAAAAUAACGUC